UUGAGAAAAGGAAGAAAAAAAAAAGGUUCAAACGUGUACGGAGGGAGUCAAAAGUUUCUUUUCUGACGGUGUCAGAUCUGCGAGAGAGAGUGGGUGACAAAUCGGGAAUCGAGAGCAUCAUAGUAGCGUGGAAUUGAGAUGGAGGAAGAAGGUGCAUCUGUGGGCGAUGCACGGGGGAAGCACAGGAUCCUUGCUGAGCUUGGUCGUGUCGAACAGGAAGUCAAAUUCUUGGAGAAAGAGUUGGAAGAGCUCGGCCAGACAGAUAUUGUAUCAACCGUGUGUGAGGAGCUGCUUUGCGUCAUCGAGAAAGCACCCGACCCUCUCUUGCCACUGACCAAGGGACCUUUUAACUUAGCAUGGGACCGGUGGUUUGAAGGACCUAAUGGGGGUGAAGGCUGCAGAUGCUAUAUACUUUGAUUCAAGUCAGUAAUGUAGGCUGGCAGUUUUGGUGUUUAAGGUAUCUUUAACAUGGGACCAAACAAACAAUGAUAAAACUAUGGUUGUGACACUGUUUCAACAUUGUGUGUAUGUAUCUCCCCAUAGUAGUACAGGUGAGCAUUGGAUUGCAUAGAAUUGCUUAGUUGCACGUAUGUUAAAACUGUAUAUAUAUGAGUCUGUAUGAGAUCCUAACAAUGGUGUAUGAGCUUCUCAAGAGAAUUUUUUUCUGUUA